AAGUAUUGCACGCUGUUAUUUUGGUACUGUAGCCAAGCAGACCACUGAAUGGCUUGAGACAGCGUCUCAUUCUUUAUUUGUAUGUUCCCAGCAGAAAGAGCUCACGUCAAAGAAAAGAGAUGAGUUUGAAGAUAUCUUGGAGGAAAGACGAUUGUCCAGCGACUUGAGAUAUGCGAUGAAAUGUUAUACUCCUGUAAUCUACAAGGGACUUUCACCUUGCAAGCCAAACGCUAUUAAAAGUGCUGUUCUCCACUCAGAGCAAGUUCAAUACGUUAUCAAGCAGUUAGCAAAAGAGAUGGGAGAAUCACCUGAUAUUAUUCAAGAAGAAGCCAUGGAAAUCCUGGAUGAGAUGGGCCACAGCAUGCAAUUAGGAGCUGUCAGAUUUUUUGCCUUUACUCUGAGCAAAAUAUUUAAACGGCUUUUCCAGAGAGUUUGUGUGAAUGAAGAAGGAAUGCAGAGAUUGCAACACGCCAUUCAGGAGCAUCCAGUUGUACUGCUGCCCAGUCAUCGAAGCUAUGUAGACUUUUUGAUGCUGUCUUACUUGCUAUAUACGUAUGACUUGGCUUUGCCUGUCAUUGCUGCAGGAAUAGAUUUCUUAGGAAUGAAAAUAGUUGGUGAGCUGCUACGAAGGGCAGGUGCCUUUUUUAUGCGACGUUCCUUUGGUGGGAACAGACUCUACUGGGCAGUGUUUGCUGAAUAUGUAAAAACGAUGUUAAAGAGUGGCUAUGCCCCAAUUGAAUUUUUUCUUGAAGGGACUAGAAGCCGCACCGCCAAGACUCUGACUCCAAAGUUUGGUCUUCUCAGCAUUGUGAUGGAACCAUUUUUUAAACGUGAAGUUUUUGACACAUACCUUGUUCCCAUCAGCAUCAGCUACGAGAGGAUAUUAGAAGAAUCUCUCUAUGCAUAUGAACUCCUAGGAGUCCCAAAGCCCAAAGAAUCUACAUCUGGGUUGUUAAAAGCUAGAAGAAUCCUCAGUGACAAUUUUGGUACCGUACACAUCUACAUUGGCCAGCCAGUAUCACUUAGAACCUUGGCAUCUGGGAGAAUCAAUCGGUGCCCAUACAAUUUGGUUCCCAGGCAUCUUCCCCACAAGCCAUCUGAGGAUAUCCAGGAAUUUGUCAGUGACGUAGCUUAUAAAAUGGAGCUCCUGCAAAUAGAAAACAUGGUUUUGAGCCCAUGGGUGCUAGCUGCUGCUGUCCUGCUCCAGAAUUUGCCAGCCAUGGAUUUUGAACUUCUAAUAGAAAAGACCCUGUGGCUUAAAGGCUUAACACAGACUUUUGGAGGAUUCAUUGAAUGGCCUG